AACGGCAUGCUUAAUCCUGGCAACAAGGAGGCGUGUAGUCGGGAAUGCUCAGGCUCGGGCUCAAGCUCGAGCUGGGGCUCGGGCUCGGGCUCCGACUUUGGCUCUAGCUCGGGCACGAUCACGACUAUCAAGGCGCACAGCUCCGAGACUGGGCCAACAACGCUCGAGUACGAUCGAUAUAUGUUGGUCCAGCUCCUACUGCUGUCGCUCGCGUUCUGUGUCGGCCAGAUCACCGUCUUUGUCAACGUGUCCGCAGCGGUGAAGACGGCCAAGGCCAUCGGCGGGGCCAAGGUGUCAACGCUCCCGCUCGGGGUGCUGCUGAUGGCAUCAGCGAUGUCAUCGGAACUUGCAGCUCGUGCCCAGGCGGCGUGGGGCCGGCGGCGGACGUUUGUGAUGGCGGCGGCGAUGGGCGCGAUCGGCGCAGGCCUCUCGCUCACCGGCGUGGUCCGCGGCUCAAUGGUGCUGUACACGCUUGGUUUUGUGCCUCAGGGUGCCACCGCUGCAUUUGUUAAUCAGUUUCGCUUUGCCGCUGUUGACAUGGCUUCGCUCUCAUUCCGCCCGUACGCGCUGGCGAUGGUCAUCGGCGGAGCAGUCGGCGCUGCGCUGGUCGCACCCGAGGCCGCCACCUCGGGCCGCCAUCUGCUUUCCACCGAGUAUGCUGGCAUAUAUGUCAUCCUCUUGUGCGUCUUUGUCAUUCUGGCCGUCAUCGUUGCCGUCAUUGACUACACUCCAUUCGCGGCUCGCAGGCCGGGAUGCGAGGCCGCAGCCGCUGCCGAGACUGCGACUGAGCCAUCCGCCUCAGGCGAGAAUGACAGUGCUCACACUGCCGCAGUCCGGUCGCGGUGGGUCAUUUUUUCCCAGCGCCAGCUGGUGGCCCCGCUUGUCGGCCAAGCCGCGGCGUACUCGGUGAUGGCGGUGCUUAUGGUCGGCGCACCGCUGCCGAUGGACGAUGCCGGGCACUCGUUCGGCGAUGUGGCCCGUGUUGUCCAGGCCCACAUCCUCGGCAUGUUCCUGCCCUCGUGGUUUGUCACUGGCUUUCUCAUCCGCUCCUUCGGCCUCCACACGGUGGCACUGGGCGGAAUGGCGGUCCUGGCCGCUGGCGCUGGCCUGCUGCUACUCGGCUCAAGCAUGGCCAUCUUUGUCACCGCCCUCGCUGUCAUCGGCGUCGGCUGGAACUUUGCCUUUAUUGCUUCGACCCAGCUCGUCACCCUCGCCUACACUCCAGCAGAGCGGUACGUGGUGCUCGGCAUCAACGAUUUUGUGUACUGGUGCGACCAGGCCGCCCAGCUCAUCCGCCUGCUCGCCUUUGACAAGAACAAGGUCACCGUCGCCAUCCGCAUCUAUCCGCACAUCGCCGACCGGGGCAACUUUGAGGACGUCGUCCUCGAUGCUCUCGACUUUUCCUCGUCCAAGGACCAGGUCAAGGAGGAGCUCCGGAUCUGA